UUUGCAUUUGCAGAGUCUGCCUUUAAUAUUCAUCGACUAGCUAAAUGCAAGCAGGGGAAAAUAUGUUGUUUUGUUGUAGGAAGGAGUGUGACUAAACUUUUAGACCUUUUUUAAUGAAGGGCAGUCUGUCCGAGAAAAUAGCCGUGGAUAUCCUGCAUUCAGGCUCCAGACGGGUCACUGAACUGCGUCACAACGACAUUCCCAGGGACUGAGGAGGCUUUUCUCUCAACCUUCGCCCCUGUUCCGCUGGUUAACUGCAGAACUUGAACGUCUUCAUAGAAACAGGAAUGAUUGGGUCCAUGUUGGUGCAGAGAAGCUUCGUCAUGCAGCUCUCAGGUUAGAAGUAUAAUGUUCACAGCACUGCUGGUUGCCCUGGUGAUCGGAGGAUUGAUUAUCUUCCUGGUUCAGAGGCGCAAGAACCAGGUUCUGAAGACCGAGGAUGGCUGGUGGGGGGCUGGAGCGCCCCCUGAGGGUGAGGAAGACCUCACCAUCCGGUCUUUUAAAGUAACCACCACUGAUGAGGAGCUGGAGGACCUGUACAGCAGGAUGGACCAGACCCGUCCUGUUCCCUCGCUGGAGGACAGCCAGUUUCAUUACGGCUUCAACUCCCACUACCUUCAGAAGGUGGUCUCUUACUGGAGAAAGGACUUUGACUGGAGGAGACAAGUGGACAAACUGAACCAGUACCCACAUUUUAAAACCAAUAUUGAAGGCAUUGACGUUCAUUACGUGCACGUAAAGCCCAAGACGGUGCCUGAGGGGACAAAAGCCAUUCCCCUCAUAAUGGUCCAUGGCUGGCCCGGCUCAUUCUACGAGUUCUAUGGGCUGAUCCCCAUGUUAACAGAGCCUUCGGAUCCCGAUCAGCUUGUGUUUGAGGUGGUGUGUCCGUCCAUUCCAGGCUACGGAUUUUCUGAAGCACCACGGAAGAAAGGUUUUGAUUCCGUUUGUGCUGCACGCAUCUUCCACAAGCUGAUGAAGCGUCUUGGUUUCCAGCAGUUCUAUGCUCAUGGAGGAGACUGGGGCUGGCUGGUCACCACUAACAUGGCUCAGCUGGAGCCCAAAACUGUUAAAGGUCUGCACGUGAACUUUGCUCCGCCCUCCAAGCCGGGGCUGCUCGUGACUUUGUCCAUCGUGCUCGGCCGCCGCUUCCCUAAGCUGUUCGGAUUCACUGAAACAGAUGUAGAGCGACUCUACCCCUGCAUGGAGAAGCUGGUGUUGGAAUCCAUCAAAGAGUCCGGCUACAUGCACAUCCAGGCGACCAAACCCGAUACAGCUGGUCGCGGGCUGAAUGACUCUCCUGUCGGUCUGGCUGCCUACAUCCUGGAGAAGUUUUCCACUUGGACAGAUCAUGACUUCAGGAACCUGGAAGACGGAGGACUCACCAGGAAGUUCUCUCUGGAUGACCUGCUCACCAACGUUAUGAUCUACUGGACUUCAGGCUGCAUCGUUUCUUCAAUGAGGUUCUAUAAGGAAAACUUUGGCAAAGGUCUGGACGCGCCCCAUGCUAAGAUACCGGUCUUUGUUCCCACGGGCUUCGCCUGCUUCCCCAACGAGCUGAUGCAUACGCCUAAGCUUUGGGUCAAACAGAAAUACCACAACCUCGUCAGCUUUUCUCCCAUGCAGCGCGGCGGCCAUUUUGCUGCCAUGGAGGAGCCCCGGCUGAUGGCGGAGGACAUCCAGCAGUUCACAAGAUCAGUGGAGGAGAUGAUGAUGAAGAAGAAGGAGUAGAAGGUUGAUGGAUAAGAUGCCAAAUGUUUUCUCCUGCUUUUAGCCAAGAGAGGAGGUGAUUAUUUUUCCCCCCUUAGUGGAAUCAGAACAUUUUAGUGGAUUAUAAUAACACAUAUUUGGGGCAUGCAAUAUUCAAAUACCCACACACAUCACACACUGUCAGAUGAAAGCAACUAAAUAACUAGAGGCAACAUAUUACAUUUAAUUGUUGCAUAAAGCAUGUAUUUCAGAAAAUUUGUUUACAUAAAUCAUUAUUGCUAAACCUUUCCUGUUCUCCUUCAAACACGGAGUAGUAAAACUGACUGGUUUUAGAGAUGGUUUGUGUUGGUAGUCCAGCUGUUUUAUGGAUAUCUAGGCACUACAGCCUGGAGUGUUGAAAAGAGUAGAGUGAGCAGCUGCAGAUGGGAUGUCAGGGGGCAGCCAGUGUUAUUGUGUUGACAGCAUAGACAAGGUGCCAAGCAUUCCUCUGACUGAUAGCAGAAGUCCUCCACACUCAGGCCACAGCCGUGAUAACACUUGCUGACCAGUCAGGUUUAAUAUUCAGCCGUUUAGACGCAUUUCAAUUUUCCUGGAGUCAAUUAGAAAAUAGGAGUGGCUCUAACUUUACUCUUACUUUUUAUUAUUUGACCAGGAAUUAGUGACCUAAGUAAUUAAUUAAAGGGGCCGUAUUAUGCAAAAUGUACUUUUUUUUGGCUUUAUAUCAUGUUAUAGUGUUAUUCCCUUAUCAAACCAUAUUUGGAGUGUUGCUUAGAUUAUUUCUUGCAUGUUUCAGAAAUAGUUUAGUCUCCAUGGCAACCAUUCAGCUGUGCAAAACGCCAGGUUGGCCCUAGCUCCGCCUUCGAGACGCAACUCCUCCUCAGAGCUGCAGUUUCCACGUUUCCAUCUCACAGAGCAGCCACAAGUUCCCCACUCAGCUCCUUCAGACCAGCCAGCAGCAAUUAGCAAACACCUGUUGAAACUCAUCUCAGUGAAACGUUGGUCAAAAUGUUGGUAAAGGGUUAAUAGAGGAGUGUUGUUGUGAUGACUUCCUGAAGGCGGAGUUUCAGAAACAGCAGGAGUUUUUAAAGAGACAAAGGCCCAAUUUCAAGGCAUGAAAUAAUAAAGUCAAUUUUCUUAAGUCAUAUUUGAUAUAUGUAGCAUUUUCAUAACAACUGAAAGUAACAGUAUCAUUUUAUAUCACAAUCAAGUGACUGUGUCUGGAAAAUUCAUAAUACUGAAUCUUUAAUGAGUCAAACAAAAGUAGAUAGAUCUUAUCAAUCCACUAACGAUUAAAUUAUAAGCGACCACUUUCUUAAAAACCUGAGUUUUUGAUUGUACCAAGAGGACCAACCAUCUUUGCAUAACAAGAAGGGCUAAACCUUUCAUAAUAUGCUGAAUAAAAAAUAAAUAAACAAUUUAAUUUUAACAUUUGACGUAAAAUGUAUUAAAUGCUGACUGAGUAAACAGUUUUUUGUUACUGUUCUGGAAUGGCCCCGCCAUCUUUAUUUCUGUCUCUGGCUUUGCUUAUGGAUGACCAGCAGCGCCCUCUGCUGGAUGGCGACCACAGCACAACCUCUAACAGAAGGUCUAAAUGGACGUUAUUAGUUAAUCAUUUAGCAGCAGUUUCAAUAGAUUACCAGGAAUGUCUUAUUGAAAAACAAUAUCUCUUCUACCAGAGAAUGUUCAUUGUGAUGAGUGAUACAAAUCCCUGACAUAAAUUUACAGAUAAACACAAUAAUCACUAUUAAUUCUAUUUAGUGCCAUUUCACAGCAAAUGUCGACUCGAGGCACUUUACAAAAAAAUAUUUCAAUUGAAUCAUACAUUCCAAUUGAUCCUAGUUAUAUAAUAUGAAGGUAUAAAUAAUCACACAAUAAUUUCACAAUAAUUACUAUAUCUGCUGUAUAGCAAACCUGCUGAGUCAUUGUUAUCUAUUGACAAGUCCAUUUCAUAAUAGAUCUACAUGAUCUUUAAAGCAACAUAAGCUUGUAGUGGUAGAAGAUAAAGCGAUGAAGUUUAGAGUUUGAUGAAGAUUUGAAUAUUCAAUUAUUGAUCACUUAUUGGAAACAGAAGAGUCUUACAUGAAGACACUUUAUGUUGUUGAAUGACAUAUUUAGAUGAUUUACUUGAAAGUGAAUGAAGGCAUUUUUUUGUUUUUCUUUAUUAAUGAAGAGUGCAAAAAGUUUCCAACAUCAGCAUUUUUUUUUACAGUAGAAAUAUAUUUGAAAUAUUCAGCAAAUUGUGAGUUUUACUAUUUCAGUAGUUUCAUGCGAGUCUAACCCAGACUUUUAGCAAUGUGUUGUAUACCUUCAGAUAUAAUAAAACUAACAGUGUAUUACUG